AUGAGUGUGACAUCAUGGUUCCUGGUGAGCAGCUCUGGGACACGCCACCGGCUCCCAAGGGAGAUGAUCUUUGUGGGCAGGGAGGACUGUGAACUCAUGCUGCAGUCCCGCAGCGUGGACAAGCAGCAUGCUGUUAUCAACUAUGACCCGAAUACGGAUGAGCACCUGGUCAAAGACCUGGGCAGCCUCAAUGGGACAUUUGUGAACGACCUAAGAAUCCCGGACCAAACCUACAUAACCCUGAAGCUGUCUGAUGUCAUUCGCUUUGGAUAUGAUGCCCAUGUGUACGUCCUGGAGCGGAGUCAGCAUAAGGUUCCAGAGGAGGCUCUGAAGCAUGAGAAAUAUACCAGCCAGCUGCAGAUGGGCAUGAAGGUGCUGGAGGGGAAACGGCACGAACGUUCUGACGAGAAGGGAGGGACCACCGAUCCCCUGAAGCACAAGGGGGAGAAGGGAGAGCGCAAAGUGAUUUCAGAAGUCCCAGACCCACGGCCCACCCCACUGUAUGGCCAGCCCUCCUGGUGGGGAGAAGAUGACACGGGGAACAAGGGGCAAAAGAGCGAGAGACGCAGGUCAGAGGAAGGCCACACAGAAACCUUGAAAGAUGGCUCUGUACACAAGCCUGAGGUCAACGGCUCCCUCUCGGACAAUAGGGAGCCCCAGGGCAAGUCUAUCUGUCCGUACCGGCGGGAGCCCAGCUAUUUUGAAAUCCCUACCAAGGAGUUUCAGUCCAGAUCUCCGGAGGUAGAGCUCCACGAGAUUCCAACCAAGGACACAGACACCCAGCAGGCACCCACCCCCGACACUCCUAUGUCCUCUGUGGUGCAUAGCCAUGCUUCCUUCACUAUAGAGUUUGAUGACUGUACUCCAGGCAAGAUGAAGAUCAAGGACCAUGUCACCAAGUUCUCGUUCCGCCAGCGCAAACUUCCAGGCCAAGAGGUGGCUACCACACCCACAGAGGUGAUGUCAGCUGAGAGAAAGGUGGCUGACUGGCUGGUGACCAGUGAUGUCAGUAUGAUGCGGAGGAAAGCACCCUGUGAGGAUGUCUACAGUACGAAGAGUGACUUGCCCAUGUACAUCAAGACCCUCAAAGGACACCACCAUGAAGAUGGCACCCAGAGUGACUCUGAGGACCCCAUCUUAAAAGAGAAGCAGUGCAAGUCUCAACAGUUUCUUCCUUCUCAUCCAUCGCCCUUAUCUCAGCAGCUGUCCAAGCCUCUGCAGAAAUCCCCGAGCCCACCAGUCACCGUGGAGCCUUCACCGGGCUCCCCAUCAGAGGAUUGCUCCCCACCACGUGGCCAGAGUAGGCCAGAUCCACAGCAGGCCUUUAUCAUUGAGUUCUUCGACGACAACCCUCGUAAGAAGCGUUCCCAGUCCUUCACCCAUAACUCUGCCCACGCAGACUCUUACUCUGCGCUCAAGGCCAAGUUGGAGAAGCGGAAGGGUGUAGCCCAGGCUGGGGAACGGCCCACAGCCUCACAGGGAAAUGUCCCACCCACCCAGUUGAUCACUGUCCCACUAAAGGGCCCAGGUCCUGGACAGGGCAACGCACUACGGGCCAUGUCUCUCAAGCGAGAGAAAACUGAUGAGCGAAUCAGCACUGGACCUACCUCCACUGCUUUCUCCAUCAGGCCCUUUGGCAGCGUGGGCAGGAAGUCCAAGUUAGCCCAGGACUUUGCUGUGGAGUUCCUGCGGGACUCUGGCCAAGGCACCACCCCCACUAGAGGGAAGACGUCGCCACCAGCAGUGGUAACUCCGCCUGCAAUUGUUCCAGCUCCUCGCCCCCAGCCCCCAGGCCCAGCUGACUCUUCAGCUGCCUCCCCUGUUCACCAGCCCAUACCUUCAAUGACCCCACUGUUGUCCCAAGGGGUCCGUAUGAUGGAUCCGAAGACCUCCAAGGUCAUAAGGAAUGAAGAGGAAGAUAGCUUAAGUGACGCAGGCACCUACACCAUUGAGACAGAGGUACAGGACAAGGAAGUAGAGGAAGCACGCAACAUGAUUGACCAGGUGUUUGGUGUUCUCGACUCCCCUGAGUACACCGGUGUGACUACAGCGGCCUACAGGCCGGUAAUUAACCAGGAAAGAGAACACGAGACUAGCCUUCGACAUAGCCAGAGUAGUUCUGAGGAUCUAAAGCCGGCCACAGAGCAGGCCUAUAGUCCAGACGCCCUUAGUGGUGCCCCCGGCAGUCCUGUACAGGCAAAAGCAGUGGGUUCAAUGGCUCUGGGUGGCCCCAAGUGGGUGUCUCGAUGGGCCAGCCUGGCAGACAGCUAUACCGAGUCAGGGCCUGUUCCUGGGCUUUUUGACAUCCCACCACCAGGUGACCUUUCGGAAGGAGACGGGAAAAUCAUCCAUCAAGCAAUGCUGAACAGAAGUUUGGACAGCACAGAAUCUGAACCAAGCCAGGGCUCCAGAACCAGGCGGCUGCUUCCUCAGGUGCCACCUUCAUCUGAGAAAUCGGAGAGCCCAACACCCAGCGUGCUCAUCCGACAUGAGACCUACAUGACCCACGAAACCCCUGAGAAGGAAACGAGAACUCCCUGCCCACAGGACUCUGUCCAGAGACUGACAGUGCAGGAUGAGGUGGAUCCAGACAGCCUGAGUGAUACCAGCAAGUCAGAUGAUGGCUCAGCAGCAGCAAAGCGAAGCGGGAAGCCUCGGCCUGAGAGAAAGGAGAAGCUCAGCCCACGGAGCCCAACUGAAGAGAAAGCUGCACACGCUCCGAAGUCUACGUUCCUCUACAUUGGCACUGAGGAGAACCUUACCAAGCAGGACCAGGUGCUGUCCCCAGCAGAGAGAGAACGGGAACCUCUGGUUAAGGUGUCCCCAACAACGACUGUGAGCAGACAUAGGAGUGGUCAGGAGCCAAGGAGGCCAGUCAAGCCUGCUGCCUCAGCACCCAACUUCUAUGCAGAAGAGAAGGAGGCUGCACCUAUGAAGGAAAGUACAACAUCUUUUUUCAGGCAAGAGAGCUUCACUAAAGAGCGCCCCAGUGAUGACAUCCAGGUCAGCAGGCUUCCCCACAUCAGUAGCCAUGUCAACCUUGGUAACUUGGACACAGGGAGCCAGAAACAGGAUGAGAGUGGCCAGGAUACACAGUCCUUCCUCAAGGAGACAGAAAAUGCACUUGUGGCCCUGGAGACCAAGUUGCAGGCUCAAGGAUGUGGCCGCGGUCAGAAACAGGAGGACUCUCUGUCAGGAGAGUCCGAUGUGGACACUUCCAGCACUGUCAGCUUGGUGAGCAACCAGAAUGCACCAGGCAGUGCUUCCAAGAAGAAGCUGGCCGUUGACGGCCUGCUGAAGGAGAAAUCGUCCUCGGCCAAAUCUGCCCAGGACCAGAGUCGACAGGCCACAGCCCGUGAGCGCUUGUCCGAGAAGCGACGUACCCAGGCAACGGAUAGUUCCAAUAAGGCCGAACUGGCCAAACGCUUCCAGCUGCGGCGUAGCGCGGGGAAUCGGGGCUCCCUGGAGUUCAGUGACGAGCCCCAGAGCUCCAGCGUUCCUCAAGGCUACUGGGCCGACACUUUCGCCUCAGACCAGGAGACUGGCUCCAGGUCCACCAUCCGCAAGAAGCUCUCUGUCCCGCUUCAAAGAGAAGAUUCUAGCAAGGCCUCCAAGGGCACAGCCCACCAAGGCCUCACCCGUUCCAACAGCCUUUCUGCCCCCCGGCCAACUCGUGCCUCCAUGCUGCGUCGUGCCCGCUUGGGUGAGGCCUCCGAUAACGAGGGUACUGAGACGGACCGAGCAUCCCAGAACUCGGAUGCCAACCCUCCAGCCAAGCCUUCGGGAGAUGGGAAGAAGCUCUCUCGGCUGGACAUCCUGGCCUUGCCCCGUAAACGCACUGGUUCCUUUACCAUGCCAAGUGAUACUGAAUCAUCGGUGGGACGGCUGGGCUUUUCCAAUCGCAGCUCUGACUUCAGCAGCGCUGCCCGCAAGGUUUCUGCUCCGGAGCCCAAAACGGCUGUACGGCGCAGCUCAGGGGCCACAGGGAAACAGCCUGUCACCCGUGCCCGCUCAGGCAAUGCCAAGUACUCCACCACAGUCACAGUGUCAUCAAAUGCCCUAAGAGUACAGCAACAUUGUCAGCUUGGAGAAAGUGUCAUGCCCAGCAAAAACUGCUUAUUUGAACAUGGUUCCCGACGUCGUCAGAAGGGCUCGGACUACACGUCCACCUCGGAGGAGGAGUAUGACUCGAAUCACGGCACUCCCAAGCACAAGCGCACCCAAGCUUCGACUGCCACGCAGACUCCCCGAGGUCAGGCAGCUGCUCCGCCUCGCCUCCGCUCUCGCUCCCGUCAGUCGGAGGAUGAGGACAAUGAGGGCGACCCCUUCCAGAACUGGUCUGCACACAGCGCUGAGAUUGCCAGGCUCAGUCAGGACCUGGCGAAGGACUUGGCUAUCUUGGCGCGGGAGAUCCAUGAUGUUGCUGGAGAUGCUGACUCCCAGGGGCCCAGUUCUGCACCCAGCACACCUGCCUCCACCAUAUCCACCCGGGAGGAGAAAACAUACCCAUCUUCACGAGCUGCCUGCUCAUCUCAGUUGGUCCAACACAUUCCAGAAGCUGGUCUGAACUACCAGAAGGUUCCUCCAGGCUCAUCCGGAGUCAGGGAACUGGACCAAAAUGUUAACGACCAGGACCCGAGCUCCAAGCGCCGUGCAUGGAACCGUGAAGAGGUGAUUUUUGAUAAUCUGAUGCUGAACCCUGUAUCCCAACUUUCACAAGUUAUUCGGGAAAACACUGAACAGCUGACUGAAAAAAUGAAGAUGAUGUUCCAUGACAAGAUUGAGGCCUGGGAGGAGGUUGAGGCCAGGAUAAAUGCAGAAAAUGAAGUUCCCAUCCUCAAAACGUCAAACAAGGAAAUCACAUCUAUUCUGAAGGAACUAAGAAGAGUUCAGAAGCAACUUGAAGUCAUCAACACAAUCAUUGAACCCUGCACAGUCGUGGGGAAAGCUGCUGCUGACCAGUCUUCCCCUUCCUCUGGGACGAAGUUCCGACCUUCAUCCAAGGACAGUAGACCUCAUUUGCAGCUCCAGGGAGCAUCCCAUCAAGGGAUCCAGGCCACCACCACUUUUGGAUCUAGCAGCAGUACCAGAGAGCACACUAAAAGGGCUUCAGCAGAGCCUGAGGGAGAGAGUUUUGUGGUUUAAGCACUUGUCUCGAGCACUCCUUAGUAAUGGACCUCACUGCUUGGAUAAAUAAGUGGAUAAUGACUAAUUUAAAAAUCCUCAUCAUGGAAAUGGAUUUGACUAAAUCAAAAUAUGAGUUACAAACCUUCCUUGUGGUAAUGAGUGAACUGUAUGAGAAAUGGUUGUUUGCUUUUUUCAUCACUGUGGAGUAGCAUCUUGAUUUUGACACAUGUAGGAAGGAAAUUCAUGACAAGCAAAUCCUAAACUCUGGCAUUCCCUCCAGCCUUUGUGCCCAACCUCCAGUUUUCACAUUGUCUUUGAGCACAUCCAGUUAAAAACAGUAUGUUAUGUGAGUCAGUAUCAUUCUUUUUGCGCUCAUGAAUGAGAUGUUUAAGCUCAUGGACUUUUGUUGUGAUUGGGUUGUUAUGCAGUGUCAGGCUGAGGGUUUGUAUACAGUGUCGUGACUGUACUGUCCCAAGACAGUCAUACUGAAAAUGAUUAUUGACUCUUGCAUGGCAAGGAGCUUCUUAAGACUGUGUAUUAUGAUAAACGACGACAAAGCACUCCAUACCAGUUUCCCAUGAGGUAAAAUUUACCUUGGGUAUAAUGUUAGAUGUUUUCCCAUCAAGUUCCAUCAAUGAAUGCUGGGUGGCUUUCAUCAAAUUUCAUCAAGUCAAGCUUUGCUAUUAAAGUGGCCAUCCUCUCUAAAUGAAUGUGUUGAUAGACUGAUGGCACAGCACAGGAGAUGGCAGUAAACUUUAUUUGGAGACAUGUUCCAUACUUGGCUUAUUGAGCUUUUGGAACCAGUAUAGUGUACAAGCAUAUUCUUACUUUCAAGUUAGGCCCCACCUCAGAAAAAGUACUUGAAAAUGUUUCUGUGAUCCCCCCCAGAAUGUUCCUUGCUCUGUGUUGCCCUUAAAUGUUCAAUAUGACACAUCUUGCCUAGAAUGUCGUGAAGGCUCUAGGUCUUGUGGUGUUUUGGCUUCUCCGUCCCCCCCCCCCCGGUUGGCCCCUGUUAAACUCUCCAGACAACUUGGCAUGGAUUUUGUACAUCAGUGAAAGGAUGGGUUCUGUUACAACCUCUUUGCUAAGGUAUUUAGGAAGAAUCCGUAAGUUACAUAUUUCACGUUUUAAACGACAAAAUAAUUGACUUACCAGGCACACAGGGAAAUAGUGUAGUUUGAUAGGUACUUUGUCUUUUCAUGGCUUAUCUCCUAAAUUUAAGCUGUAACAAUACAGGAAGCAUCAUUUUGCAUAUCAGUCCAAAUCAACCUGAAUCCAUUGGUGCCAGUGUUUCCUGGUUGAAUUGGUGAUAUAGAAGCUGUUCAUUCUUUUCAACUAAAUACCUGAGUACUUUGCAUGGUAGAGAAUUCGGCUGAAUCUUUCUUUGUAGCACUAAGCCAAAGACCACCAUUCUAUCACCCUAAUCCACUGUCAGAUAACUAGUGGAAAUAGGUGUACCAUCUGAGGUCCCUUUCUCAUGAGUCUGCCCCAUGAGUAACCCUUCAGCCAUGUUAUAUCAUUUAUGUCAAGUAACUACUUUGUCUAUCUUGCAAUGUGAGACUGUACUGAAAUCCUCCCACCCUUCUGUCUGUUUCAGGGAGAAGUAGCAGGUGUCCCCCUCCUUUUCUCUCUUAUUUUAAGUAUUAAAGGAGCACCCCCUCCACUAUUUCCCAGAACCAAUGUAACCAAUGUAGAAAAGCACUGUGUAAUAGAGACAUGUUUCACCUGUACCUGGAGACAAGACGGGUAAAAGAAAGAAUGAAUGUAAACGCAGAGGGGUGGAUAAAGACUUCACAAAGUUUUGUGAAAAUGCACAUGUACCUUAUUUAGUUUCUUUGUGUAAUACUAGGGUAGUUGACCAAGCGUGCACUUUUCCUUUUACAAACACCAUAUUGUGAAAGUAGCAAAUGAGGAAAUGGACUAAAUCAUCAGUGGAAAAAUCUCUCAUCUGCUUUGUAUAGCUUAUAAAAAGCCUCAAAAGCUGACAGUCUUUUCACUUUUCAUAAACUUAGAAUUUUAUGCCAUUGCCACAUUACUAGUUCAAGUACUUUUAUUUGUCCCUCCUCAGCAGGCCAUUGUGGGGUUUUAAGAUUCUCUGGAAUGUCCAUUUUCAGAAACAUUGGCCUCUUUUGAACUUAGAAUCAACUGCAGCUGAUUGCUGUCUGUUGGGCUACAAUAUGGUGUAACCGCCAGCUAAUGUUCAGUGUCCUCAACAGGCCAUUCUGUUAUUUUGUUGUAUGAUUGUCAUCCUCUGCAUGUAACUCAAAUUCAAGCUGCGCAUAAAAGAGGAAAAAAUAGACAAAGUAUCACUUGAAUUAUGUAUAGUAUUAGAUCAAUGUCUAUUUAAUGCUAUGACUACUAAUUGUUCACUUUUUCCAUGUUUGUUUCAAUGGUUUAUUCACUACACAAUGUGUAAUUUAUUUAAAGUUCUUCCAGAUUUUUUCAUGAACUAUUUAUGUGACAGAAUUAUUUGUUUUGAGAAAGGUUAUACAUAUCAUUUUAUGCAUUAUUUUAGAAUAUUUUU